GGACUGAUUUCAUGUGAUGACCUUGAAAAGGACCAAUUGCACUGCGAAUAAACGAUGCAGUUUAUGCAUCUACGGCUGCCGGCCGCUGCGUUCCCGUAGGGGCGCGGGAUGAAUUAGGGCUCGCUACUCCAUCAUUUCGAAGCAUCUUCAACACAAGCCGUUCCUGCUGGUUGGAUUUUAGCUAGGAAUUUGUGCGGGCGCUGUGUGACACCUUGGAUGCUAUGCUUGGAUGUUACCAAUCCAUUCAUUCACAAAUUACAUCUUGCAUCCCAUUCGGUUGUGUAGUUUUUGUUCUCUGUCUCUCUGCUGGCUCGUGUACCUCAUUUUCUGUUGGGGUUUGUCGGCCACCUGAAAGUCCUGAAAUGCCAGAAAGGACUCACUCUUUGCCAGAACUGUACAGUGCAUUUGAUGGCAUACUUAAUUCUACCAGAAAGAUCAAUGAAAACCGGGCUACUCUAGCUCGCUCUCAACCGAAAGGUAAAAACUACGCAAGUGUUCAGGAAGUCUUUAUCGGACUGCAGCUAGACGCAUUGGGACCAGAAAACUUUGCUCAGGUCCUACCAGCCGUCGACAUAGCACUAGAAGAGAUUCAAAACUCUUCUUCCUACAGCGGCGUGACUUUCACGACUGUGCCCAUCUUGCACCUAAGCUCCAUUGCUUGUGAUUCAUUGGCCCUUUUGGCUAAAUUGGAUAACCAGGAAAUUAAUGUUCUUCUUGGGCCUCUAAAUGACUUCAGUAUAGCAAAUGCUGCUCGCUUUAGCAGCUCUAUGUACAACGUUCCGAUUGUUACACCGGGAGGUUUUGCUCACCAACUAAGAGACAAGGUUGAGUACUCCACCUUAACACGCGUGUUCUUCACCUACUCCGAUCUACCUUGGGUCAUCAAUUCAACUUUGAGGCAAUACGGGUGGACAGCGAACAAGUCGACACCUAUUGGCCUGUAUUCAGCCCGAAAUCAGCGCCAGCAUGGGGAAGGCGUCGGACACACUGCCCUGGUUGGAGUGUUUCAGCAGCAAAGUAUCGGUAAUUUUUUACUGGAAGCCGGGUUCAAGGUUUUCCAAAUCACGACCGAUGAUUACAUUGGAGUUGUGGAUCACUUCUUAAAGCGCCUCCCUGACAACGCCAGAAUUGCAAUUCUGUGCACCGAUUCGCUAUCCGUGCGGUACAUCAUGCUCAAAGCUCAUGAACUUGGCCUUACAAACGGAGAAUAUGUGUUCCUGAGCGUCGAUCUUUUCAGCAACACUGAUCGGAUCGAACGACCGUGGUAUCAGGAAAACGCCUCAGCCGAGGAGAAUGAGAAUGCGCGUGAAGCCUACCGCUCUCUCAUGACUUUCGUGUUGCGCAGACCUGAUUCCGAGGCCUACAGACGUUUUGCCAAUGAGGUGAGAGCUCGCGCCCUACGGGAUUAUCACACACAAUUUUAUGAUUCCGAGGUGCGCAUGUUCAUCGCAAUCUUUCACGAUGCUGUCACUCUCUACGCAAGUGCUUUGGAAGAUGCGUUACAAAAAGGUAUUUCCAUCAACGAUGGACUGAGUAUCACACACUUGAUGUGGAACCGAACAUUCGACGGAGUAAGCGGGACCGUGCGCAUUGAUUCAAACGGGGACCGAAACGCCGACUACUCUCUCCUUGAUUUGGACCUAAAAACAAGCAUUUUCCGACCGGUGGCUCACUUUUUUGGGGACGAUCUCUCUAUGCAUUUGGUGCCAGAGCGGCAAAUCGACUGGGUAAAUGAGCGCAAUCAGCCCCCACCUGGAAUCCCAGUUUGCGGAUUUGAUGGACUGGGCUGCCAAAACAAACAAAUUCUCAUCGUUAGCGCUGUUAGCGCUGUGCUGUUUUGUGUUUUCGCUGUGGUUGCCAUCAUUCUGGGAAUCUAUUUCUAUAGGCGAGCCGAACUGCACGCGAUAAGUUGGAUUAUCGAUUGGUCUGACAUAAAGUUCCCGGACACAGUUCCAUCGAAUAUUCCAUUAUUAUCAGAUGAAGACGAUGUGCCACACACCACCGGGCUCUCUUCAGUUGACAUCCCCACAACCACCACAACCCCAGAUCAGCGCCCCCUUGAUGGUUCCGGUAAGACGUUUGCUCAGUUCGAUUCCGUCCACUAUUUGCCAUAUCGAGUGACACAUCAUCGGCAUAGACGCACCUCGGCGAUGGGCAAACAUUUCUGCGGGAGUGGACCUGAUGAUUCCCGGGACGAACGGAAUCAAACCAACGAGAAUCGCAAGCCACAACCAAAGUCCUCUCCCGAUUCAUACUUUUUCGACGAAUUGCCAGUUUCAGAGGAGAGUACGAUCACAUCGAGCACGCUGCGCCGUUUUCAGCAACGGUGGGCUCGAAGAAGCCGAUUGAGCGAGGGCCAGCCUGCUCUUGCCUUAAACGAAGCCAACAUUCCUAUGUUGAAUCACCGGACUAGUCCAGGACAAAACGAACCUUUAUACAUCAAAAGCCCAUCUUUCGACUACGAAUCAGUCACACGAAAGCAUCACCAGUACGUUAGUGGAGCCAAAACGGAAAAAUGCAAUAUUGACGGCAGCACUGCAACCGACAUCAACUCGCGACGCCAUAAAAAGGACUCAACGACAUCCAGACACAGUAUCGAAGCACCUCAUGGUCAUGACAAAGGGAUGCAGGGUACUGUUGCUCUGUACAAGGGCAGCACAGUUUACCUGAGGCCAACACGAAGGCACAGCCGCAUCGAAGCGAGCAAGGAUAUAGCAAUGGAAGUGAACAAGGUGAAAGACAUGAACAAUGAUCAUAUUUGCCGCCUGAUUGGAGUUUGCCUGGAGCCGAGCCGCCAGUGUUUCGUCAUGGAAUACUGUUCCAAAGGAAGUCUUUCCGAUUUUCUGAAAAAAGAGCAAUUCACCAUGGACUGGCUUUUCAGACUUUCCCUAAUACAAGACAUUUGCCGCGGCAUGACCUACCUGCACCAGAUCUUAGUUCCCCAUGGGAACCUGAAAAGUUCCAACUGUCUUCUGGACGCUCGUUUUGCAGUGAAGCUGACGGAUUUUGGUUUGCCAAGGAUACGAGUCCCAAAUGCGCAAAAGUACGAACGUGGCACCACAGCAUAUUAUAGAAAUUUGCUUUGGACUGCGCCCGAGCUGCUCCCCACUCAGGAAGAUGCCAUACCGCCACCGACCUUCAAAGGGGAUGUGUACAGUUUCGCGAUUAUAUGUCAAGAACUGAUUUAUCGCAAAGGUCCAUUCUAUGUGGAUGACGAGAAUCAACCAGAUGCCCGAACAAUAAUACACUCGGUGGCAGAGCAUCAGGUACCCAGUUAUCGGCCCACUCUUCAAGUGCAGGAGGACGGAUCGGAGGAGGUUAUCCAGAUGAUUCGUCGAGCGUGGGACGAUGAUCCAAGCAAGCGCCCAGACUUUCGGACGAUCGGUAAGCAAGUCAGAUCGGAUUCCUCUGAAAACCUGAUCGACAACUUACUGGAGCGUAUGCAAAAUAUAACAACAAAUUUGGAGGCAAUGGUGGACAAACGCACGGCCCAGUAUAUGGACGAGAAAAAGCGGGCGGAGGAUUUGCUCUACUCUAUGCUUCCAAAGUCAGUUGCCAGCCAGCUAAUCAAGAAAAAGACAGUGGAAGCGGAAAGUUUCGAAAUGGUCACCAUCUACUUUAGCGAUAUCGUGGGUUUCACUGCUUUGUCCGCCAAUUCUACCCCGAUGGAGGUGGUCAAUCUACUCAACGCCUUAUACACACUGUUCGACGACAUCAUUGGUAACUUUCGUGUGUACAAAGUGGAGACCAUUGGGGACGCAUACAUGGUUGCCUCAGGGCUACCCAAACGCAUAGGAAAUGAACAUGCGCGUGAAUUGGCUCGAAUGUCUAUUGCAUUUCUCAAGUCGAUCUUCGAGUUUCAAAUACCCCACAGACCUCAUCAGCGUCUGGAGCUUCGAAUUGGCAUUCAUUCCGGUCCCGUUUGUGCAGGCGUCGUAGGUCAACGAAUGCCACGAUAUUGCCUGUUUGGGGACACAGUGAACACCUCAUCACGAAUGGAAAGCAACGGGUUGCCCCUGAAGAUUCACAUCAGCGAGGCCACAUUCAACGUAUUGCGCACCUUCGGUUCAUUUCUUAUGACCAAAAGAGGCACCAUGGAGAUGAAGGGUAAAGGUGAACAGACUACCUACUGGUUGCAUGGCGAAGGUUCUUUUGUCGUGGACCCUGUACCUGCUGGUGUCUGUCUGGUUGGCGGUCCUUACGAAGGGCUCAUGGGCCCCAUUCCGGCAGCUACACACACAGAUGACUUGUUCUUCAGCAGUGACUCCUCGGGACAUCAAAAUACUCAAUUCCAACGAUCAAAUUCCGUCCCAACGCCUUUCGAUGGGGCUAGUGGUGACGGCAAACGUGUCUUCGGGUUGACUCCCACCACCAGCGCCUUGAUGACUAUCCCAGAAAGUUCACCCGCAAGCACUCAUUCAGUGAUGCAUACGCUGAAUUCGUUACACAGCAACUCAGACGUCCCAACCAAUCGGUCAAUGCGCCGAAUUGGAGUGUGUCACAACCCAGUCGCUGCCGCGGCUGCUGCUGCCGCCGGUGCGCACUUGACAAAAAUAGAGACUGCUGGCGUCUAGAUGGUCAGAUUCUGUGAUAUGUCGGCAGUAGUUUUUCCAGAUUAUCUUCACUUGCUGACUGACAACAGUUUGUGCCCAUCUCCAUUAUUUUUACGAAAUUUGGCCACAAUGUGUCCAGUUGUCACUGUCUUGAAGAUCUAGUUUGUUCAAUGGAAGGCAUUACGCAAAACCCGGAACAUUCGCCUCAGUUGGUUACCGUUCCAUGUCAUUUAGUUGCCCAAGUCGCAUGACAAUCAAGUGAGAGAACACUUGUUAUGAUUCACUCAGCCAUACUCUUCAUCAAGUGCUGUCUUCCCAGUCAUGUGCUCCAGUCAGUCUGUGCCGCAUCGCUGUCGCCGGUUUUGUUGCACACACACACACACACUCACACACACACACACUGGCCGGCACUGUACCAACUGGUUCAAGAUAUCCAGCCCGCAACUAUCCACAUCCUGCCAGCGGUAUUUUGUAUAGACACUCCCGGCCGUUUGUAGUGCUCACCUGCUUGCAAAUGUGUAUGUGUGUGUGCGUGUAGUUGUACAACCUCUACACCACCCUCACUCUCUUCCGCAAAUCCAACUCAGGUUCAUUUGAUGUACAUAUACGCAUUUUGGGAAUUGCCACAUUGCCCCACGAAUUCCUUUUUCGCAGCUCUCACCUCAUACACCCUUCCUGCUGUCAUCUUAUUGUGAGCUGAUGUACAUGGACAAACUUGCAUACAUUUGGCAACCAGUUUUCUUU